AUGAAAACACGGGGAUUUGAGACUCAUCGGAGUGGCAUCACGGACGUUGCCAUCGUCCGCAUUGAAAAUCUUCAACAAAAAAAGGAUUUGGUGAUACUGUUCACGUUUGGUUUGGACUGUAUUUCUAUCUGGAACAUGAGAAAUGGCAAGAUGCUUAACAGUUUGGACGUGUCUUCGUUCCGUGGCCGCUCAAUCUGUGGUACAGCUGUGCACUUUUACCAUUGUGAAUGUGAUAUGAUUGUUUUUGCAUUUGCUACUCAUAAUGAACCUUCCGUCCACUCAUUUGAUUAUAAGAAGAAUAUCAUUGGCCCACCUGCCCAUGAGAUGAAGACUUUCGAUGUGGCAAGCAACUACUGCAAGGGUCAUCAGCAAGCUAUUUCAUCCAUGACGUUCAGUCAUGACGGAUCGCUUGUUGCCACGUCUUCUUGGGAUUCGACGUGCAUGGUUUGGAAAGUAUCUCCAGCCAACAGUACCGAGACGGUUCGCUUAACUCUCUUGAUCGUUUUACCUAUUCAUGAGGAUGAAUCCUCGUGUCUAGCCUUCACUAUGGAUAACCAGAACCUGGUAACUUGUGGCGAGUGUAUCGUCAAAGUGUGGGAUGUCUCUAAUUUGUCAGAGAAUUACGAAGUGGGCGUGACUAACGACGGUAAAGGGAUAUCUCUAGACAUUCAGCUACAGGAGUGGGAACAAGCUAUUCCGUACUCGUUCUCCAUUGAGAAGUCGAUAAAUCUUUUCGCAUUUGAUGAGUCAAUGCCCACGCUUGUUGCCAAUCACGAUUGGCUUCAUUUUUGUGAACAUGACGCAGUGCUGACGCUACUAGCCCCUGCGCAGAGUGGAGAUGAAUGGAACGAAGUGAUUGACGUCAAGCAGUGCCUCGAGCAGAUUAUUGAAGAGAUUGAUCCCAACGACGAUGAAUUCGAAAAAAUACUAAGAGAUCGCGAAAAGCACAAAAGUCAAGAUACGAAGAGUGAAAAUAAUGCUGCCAUCGAAAUUUCCGACAACAAUAACGAUGCACAAGCACUAACGACGGAGGAGAGUGCUCGAUUGAAAACGCAGUUUCGAAGCAUGAAGGAUUUCGACUUCGAGAAGCUCUUUACACCCGCUUUGUCGUUUUCGGAUGGGAAUAGCACCUCUAUAUCUGCAAAGUCUGUAACUCGAGUUCAAUCUCGCCCGGACGCAAAUGGUCGACUGCUUCGUACAUUUUCGAAAAGGACCACGGAAGGAGUGUUUUCGUCUCAUUCGUCGACUAUUACUAGUUGCGCUGUGGCACAAGAGCUUGACUUGGUUGUGACUGUGGCGCUAGAUAAGUCAAUUCGGUACUGGUCGCUGGAGCAAGGUGUCGUCUUGGAAACAAUUUUCGAUGCACACGACGCUCCGAUUACUUGCUGUGCCCUCACGUCACCAACCACUUGUGACUUGAACGUGUAUGAAAUGUUGCUGGCUAGUGGUGGAUCGGACAACUUGGUUAAAGUAUGGCGAAGAAACGAGCCCAAACGUGCAGAGUGCGUGUUCAGUCUUUCAGGACACAAUGACACCAUCAGAUCGGUUGCCUUCGAUCCUAGUGGUGUGUUUCUAGUGUCGUCUAGUGAAGACACGACGGCGAUAGUGUGGAGGGUCCGCCCGUCAAGUCCAGACCAGCCAGAACUACCCGUCGUGAUUUCGGUGGAUCGCUUUUCGAUCAGCAUUUCUUGGACUGAACCACUAGCAAACGGUGCUAAAAUUCUCCACUAUAUAGUACGAACGAAACAGGUGAGCUCAUUUAAUAGUGACAAUCGAGAUAUCGUGGUCAUUGCAGAUAAGGAAGUACCAGCGAAGUAUUUGUCCAAAACUGUCGAUAAACUCCAACCAGGGGUCAAGUAUACGCUUGAAGUGGCAGCAGUGAACCAGAUUGGGACCAGUGAGUUUAGUAUUGCAACUGAGCCCAUAGAGACCCUCGCAUUCAUUCCAUCUCGAAUUGAGCGCCCCGUGCAUCACGAUAAGCGUGAGGCCACUCGUAUUACUCUCUCCUGGACACCUCCGUGCCCGAAUGGUGCUCCUAUUUUGUCGUACACUAUUCAGUGUCGACCAGAGAAGAGCGCGUUUGUUCCUCUGCGAGAAAUUACGAUUUCCGUAGACGAUCUCGAAGUAUCUUACGAACCUGCUCAUGCCGGGGUUAAACGCUCCACAAUAGCCUCGAAAACGAUAAACACUGGACCAGCUCCGAACGAGAAACGAAGCAAGGGCCAGCAGACGGACAGUACUGGUAUCACGAAGACCACUAAACAAACUCGCUCAGCUUCCACAAUCUCCAAAAAAGCGUCAGUCUCGAAAUCGACACCAACUUCAAUAUCUCCGUCUAUACCCACGCUUUCGUACACGGUGGACGAACUCUGGGCUGGUGAAGUGUACCAGUUCGUAGUUGCCGCAUCGAAUCGCUGUGGUCUGGGGGAAUUUUCACGUGUGAGUGACUACGUUAAAAUGGACUGCACAGCUCCUGAUCAGCCUGAAAAACCUGUAAUUGCGGGCGUCGAUAAACGGCAGAUCGAUGUUCAGUGGGAAAAACCACGUUGCAAUGGCAGUGAGGUGUUGCAGUACACGCUGCGGUGGAGUCAAGAGGUCGAGGAAUUCCCUUUUACCAGUGAGCAGUCGAUUGUUCUUCUCACUCGAUCCAUUGCUAUGACAAAGUACACAGUCCUCGGAUUGGAGCCAGGGCGUCCCGUUAAAGUGUCGAUCUCUGCUUCUAAUCUGGUGGAUAACAAGCUACUGACAUCCCCUGAAUCCCCACCCAGCGAUAGUGUGGCGACUUUGUGCGAUGUACCGAAUACACCCGCAGCUCCAGAGCUUUUAGAGCCUUCUGCCCACACGCUGAUGCUCGCUUGGACACCUCCCAAGCGCAACGGCCUUCCAAUUGAUGGCUACAACGUCGCUCUUUACUCGGAAGACACGCAAUUCGGUGUCCGCGUUCGCAAGCUGUACCGUGAGAUUUCUCUCAGACCCCAUGAUCUACACCAACUAAGCGCAAACUCACCAACUGUAACUUUCGUCCUGCAUCACUUACGAGGUAGCACAUUCUACAGCGCUGCAGUUAGCGCGUUCAACAGUUUGGGUACUAGUGGCGUUAGUGACGCUUGUGUUCCAGUACAGACUAGUGCCCCUACAGUCCCCGAUGCCAUUCUUGCGGCCCCCACAAUAUCUGACGUGACACCCACGAGUGCCAUUGUGACCUGGAAACUACCUGCUCAUGACGGUGGCUCACCUUUGCGUGGAUUUCACGUGGAAUACAGCGUACGGUCGAACCGAAACGAAGCGAAAAUGGAGAGAGGGGGCGACAUCACGGUAUCUCACGGACUCGAGCUCAACGCUAUGUUCCUCAAACCUCAUCGUCUGUACCGAUUUCGAGUGUGUCCUGAAAAUCGCGUCGGUCAUGCGACGCCUAGUGUCUGGUCUGAUGAGUUUGCAACCCCCAGUCUCGUAGAGUUUACAGUCACUCGUUACUUCGCUUGUCGACCUCCCGAAGAACACAACGCUGCUCGUUAUAUACAAGGUAGAUAUCGAGCCUGGAAGAAAGCUGUAGCAGACAAUGCUCGUUUCACCGCUGCGCUGGUGGAGGUACUUCGUCACUGGCAUCUAUAA